AUGUCUUUUGAGGAUCCUACCCUUUCUAUGGACAAUCCUUAUGCGAGCAAGACAUUGGAGUCUAUGCUUGCACCACAGAUGGAUGGGUUGUCGGCGCCAGACCGCGAACGCGCCACCGACUCGUACUCUCCGAUGCUCGUGAACGCGUAUGACGAAUUAGAACAAGUCGCAGAAUUCCGUUUAAGAAAUGCUCUUCCUCCAUGGAUGACUAAUGCAUUGCAGAGUGAGCUUGCGUCUGCACUAUCAGACAAUCUACCUCCGUGUACGACGAAAACUAUAUCAAACAACCCUGGGAGUGUUGAUGUCGAAAGCGCGGACAAUCUUAGGUUCAAGAUUACAAGAGAAACCCAGGAUUUUCUGGGGAAACGAUCACAGCUGAGUGACGCGGACUAUCACAAGUUGUUGCGACGAUUUCGGCGUUAUUUGAGAGCAAAAUACCUCCCUGAGGACAUCAAGAAGAAAUCGACCCUUCGCCAUGCCCCUGUGCCGCACGAUUCGGACGACGUCAGAAGGCGAAACCAUCGCGCGGAGCUGGAGGGUCAUACAAACUCCUUGACCAUGCAGCGCAAGCGCUUCAAACAUGAUCAGUACAACCGAAUUGACAUUCCAUAUUAUCGAGACCUUCUUUCACAAUUUGAUACUGUCACUGCCCCUGUGCUCAAGGAUCGUCUCCGCUACAUUUUCCUCAGUCCUCUCGCUUACGCCCUUCAGGUUCGCUUCGAAGAAAUGGGUCAGGCCGAUGACCUUUCUGAAGCUAUCGUAUACCAUCGCGAGGUCCUCUCAUUGCUCCCUGAGAAUCACCCGGCCAUUCCCUCGACUUCGAAUAGUCUUGCGGUGGCCUUGCACAGCCGCUAUCAACUCCUCGGUGCAAGGAAGGACUUGAAGAGGGCAAUUACCUAUCAGCUCUCCACAGUACAUGCAACCAGUGUACUGCGCGGAGCUCUGAAUCGUCAAACCGACCGGGUUAUCACAUACCUUCGCCAGGACCUUAGAAGGCUUCCUAGGAGCGAAGACCGCUCGCAGGCCGUCAGCGAACUUGCAUUCACUCUGAGAUCACGUUUUGAUCAGUACGGCGAUGUAGAAGACCUUGACGAGGCAAUCGUUUUCCUCCGCGAGGCCGUCAUUCUCCGACCUCCAGGAAACGCAAGGCGCUCGAUGACGCUCGAUGCCCUUGGACAGGCGCUGGCAGCCCGAUUUGAGCAACGCCAAGAUGCCGUGGAUCUUCAUUAUGCCCUCUGUUUAUUCCAGGAUGCUAUCAGCGACCCGUACGGUGCUCCGACAGUGGCCCUUGAAGCCGCGCAAAACUGGGCAUCCUAUGCACGGCAAUAUAGCCAUCCCACUGCUUCAACGGCCUAUAUCAAGGCGCUCGUCCUCCUUGAUCGCUGCACGAUCAUGUAUCCAACACUGGAAUUGCAACAGAAGUUCAUCAGCCCGCGCAACUCAUCCAUUUUGGCCAUGGACGCUGCGUCCUUAGCCAUUGAGGAUGACGACUUCGGGAAGGCAGUAGAGUUUCUGGAACAAGGAAGGGCGCUGCUUUGGUCGAGAAUGCGAGGGUAUAGAUACCCCAUCGAGACCCUUCGUUCGACCCAUCGUACACUUGCCGACCACUUUGAGGAGAUAUGUAACAAGCUCGAGGGCAUCGCGACUUCCUUCGGUCGACGUGGAAAGGCUGCACUCGCACUUCGCCAUCGUGAGCUGACGGUAAACUUCGACAACGCUGUCGACAUAAUUCGACGCAUCGAGGGCUACUCGAGAUUUCUACGGCACCCAUCAUUUCACAGCCUUCGACAAGCCGCCGUCGAGGGGCCCGUCAUCGUUCUCAACCUUUCCAUCUAUCGCUCUGACGCAAUCAUAAUUCCGGAUGCCACAUCAGACCCGACAGUGGUGCCCCUCUCCUCUUCUGGAAACUUUCCCGAGGCCAUCGGUCGAUUAUCCUCCCUCAUUCACAUCUUCUCGACCCAGAGCGCCGAGGAGGGUCGUGCAGAUGGUGUUAAAUAUGUUCUCCAAAGGCUGUGGGAACUUAUUGUCCACCCCAUUGUCGAACAACUCCUCUUCCUGGGACUUCAACGAGGAGCCCGAAUAUGGUGGUGCCCUACUGGUGCAUUUUGUUCUUUACCUCUUCACGCCGCCCAGCCCUUCGACAAUGACCAGUCGGGCAUUCAUGAUCUUUACACGUCUUCUUACACGCCUACCCUAUCUUCGCUGAUCGCAGCUAGAUCAUCGACUCAGGCGUCUCGCUGCGAUAGGCGGUGCCUCCUUGCGAUCGGACAAAUAGAGGAUUCACUCCCCCGCGUCCAAGAGGAGCUGAAUGUGGUUCAAAAUGUCGCACAGUUCGUUCGUCUACGUGUCGGAGAGGAUGCGUCUGCCGAUGGCGUCGUUGCAGCUCUUCGAGACCAUCCUUGGCUUCACCUCGCUUGUCAUGGUCACCUCGAUCCUCAGUCAUUUGCUUCCUCCUUCAGACUUCACAACGCAACUAGUCUUCGAGUCAUAGACGUCAUCAAAGCUCGCUUGCCCAACGCGGAGUUCGCCUUCCUCUCUGCUUGCCACAGUGCUGCAGUAGACAGCCAAGGUAGCCCCGAUGAGGUCCUCCACCUCGCGGCUGCGAUGCAGUUUAGUGGGUUCAAAAGCGUCGUUGGGACGCUGUGGGGCAUGGCGGACACGGAUGGCCCGAGUGUGGCAAAAGCAUUCUAUGGUUAUUUAUCCCGCCAUGGUGACCCACAGAGGGUCGACUUCAGAGAUUCAGCAACGGCGCUUCGUGUUGCAACCAAGGCUUUACGCAGGGCUAAAGUUCCCAUUGACCGAUGGGUGAACUUCGUGCACAUCGGAGCCUAG